AUGGACCCUGAAGCCAAGACUAGUGGCUUGAUAAAGCCUGCGGUGCCCAAUGCAUCCCACGUGGAAGAGAGCUCGUCUCCAUUCGAGACAAGCAGCAAGGAUAGCAAGGAGCCUGUCUCGGACCUCAAGCUCGACGCCCAUGGUUUGCCUCUGGUGCCGCAGCCCAGCGACCACAAGGAUGAUCCGUUGAAUUGGCCGUAUUGGUACAAGUGCUUUGUCCUUGCUCUGCUCUGUUUGCUGGCCUUCGUCGUGCAGUUCGGCGCUGGUAUGGUUCCAGCUGCAUUCGGCCCAAUUGCUCUAAGCUAUGGAGUCACGCAUCAGGCGGCCAGCUAUCUCACGACGACGUACACGCUUUUCGGAGGCGUGACGCCAUUGGUGGUUACCCCCUUUGUCAACUUGUACGGCAGACGCCCAGCGUAUCUGAUCUUCACUGCCAUUGCCAUGGGCGCCAACAUUGGUUCGGCAUAUGCGCCAUCGUACGGGACACAGAUCCUCACCCGAUGCAUCGUCGGUGUCGGUGCUAGUGUUGCUUUGGCUAUUGGUGGUGCCACGAUCACCGACAUGUUCUUCCAGGGAGAGCGUGGCAAGUAUAUCGGUUUCUACGCACUUGCUCUUACCAACGGCCCACACUUUGGUCCCAUCGCUGGUGGCUUCAUUGCCCAGAACCAGGGAUGGCGCUGGAUCUUCAAGUGGAACGCCAUCAUGUUCGGCAUCGUGCUAGGCUGCUUCCUGGUACUUUUCCCCGAGACGCUCUUCUCGCGAACCGAGUUCAGCACGCUCGAGAACCGCACCUACUGGCAGCGCUUCGCCUUCCACGGCAAGGUCAUCAACCGCAAGCUUCGCCGGUCCGAUUUCCUGCACAACUUCAAGAUGCUCAAGUACGUGGCCGUGGUGGUGCCGUGCGUGUAUUACAUGACUGCAAACUCGUACGGCUCCAUCGUCUUCGUCUUGACGGCCUCGAGCAUCACCGAGAGGCUGUACCAUUUCGACACUGAGCAGAACGGCCUGCUGCUUGGUAUUCCGCUGACUCUUGGCUGCUUGAUUGGCGAGUCUUGCACGGGCUGGAUCUCCGACUGGCUGAUUAACCGAUAUGCUCGUCGUCAUGAUGGUUACCGCAAGCCCGAGGCGCGUCUGCACUUGGCCCCUCUCUGCCUGUUCUUGCCUGCCGGUCUCAUUAUCCACGGCGUGUCGGUCUCGAAUCAUGCCCCCUGGAUUGCCCUGGCCGUCGGCAUGACUGUGGCGUCCAUCGGCGUUCAGGCUGGCACAACUCUUACCUAUUCGUACAUUGCCGAUUGCUAUAAGCCGCAAGCCGCAGAGGUCUCAACCAUCAUCAAUUUGUUUCGCCAAACGUUUGCUUUUACUAUUGGAUUCUAUGCGCUGCCGUUUGGCCAGAGCGCUGGUUUCGACGUUGCAUGGGGUGUGUUUGCCAUCAUUAACUUUUGUGCAUGGUGUCCGCUGCUUUUGUUGAUCUGGAAGGGACAAGAGAUUCGUCAGGCUCAGGGCGUGCCGAAGAUGCACACCGAUUUGUAG